AUGACCACUUCCUGUCAGGAGUUCGAGGUGGCGGUCCACACCUCACCUGGUCUCACCUGUGGAAGCUCCAGCCGCCUGUGGCUCAAUCUGAUUGGCUCUCAGGGGGAGACUCCGCCCAUCAGCGUGAACGAGGGCGAGCGCCAGCUGCUGCCGGGAUCGUCGUGUCCCGUUGGGGUUCGGGCCGUCGGGCCUCUGGGACGCCUGCUCCUGGUCCGGCUCCGUCUGGAGGCUCGGCUCGGGGUCGACAACCAGGACUGGCACUGCAGCCGCGUGGCGGUCCGGGGCCCGGCGGGCGGGCCGGAUCCUGGAGUCCAGGACUUCCUGUGUGACCGCUGGCUGCAGCCUGACGGGGGCGCCGUGGAGCUGCGCAGCGGAAAGCUGUGUUUGCUGCAGGACGAGACCGAAGAGAAGCUGAAGCAGCAGAGAGUCAAACAGCUGCAGCACCAACAGAAACUCAUCAGAUGGUGUAAGUUUGUUGACGGCGCCCCGCAGUGUGUCGACCUGAACUCUCUGUCUGAACUCGGGCCGAACCUCCGAUACCCCCACAACAGUCCGACCGCUGACCUGAGCUACCUGAAGGGCUUCGCCGGCCGAGCCGAGUCCUGGACAAGUCUCACGGAGCUGGAGACGGUUUUCACCAACAGCGGGCUGCAGAGCGACAUCGCCAGGUUCGUCCAGGCUCACUGGACGGAGGAUUGGUUCUUCGGCUUCCAGACUCUGAACGGCUCCAACCCGCUGCUGCUGCGUCAGAUCCGCCUCCUGCCUCCCAACCUGGCCGUCACCUCCGACAUGCUCCGCCCCUUCCUGUCCGGAGGCUCGUCCCUGGAGCAGGAGCUGCAGAGCGGGACCGUCUACCUGCUGGACUACGAGGUCCUGGACGGCGUCCCGGCCAACGUGGUCAACGGGAAGCAGACGUACCUGUGCGCCCCGCUGUGCCUGCUGCACCUGAACCAGCAGGGUCAGCUGGUCCCCGUCGCCAUCCAGCUGCAGCAGACCCCCGGCCCUCUGAACCCGGUCUUCCUGCCCUCUGACCCGGGCUCUGAUUGGCUGCUGGCGAAGAUCUGGGUCCACUGCGCCGACUUCCAGGUCCACCAGCUGGUGUCCCACUACCUGAAGACCCACAUGCUGUCGGAGCUGAGCUGCGUGGCGACGCUGCGCCAGCUGCCGGAGCCGCACCCGCUGCACCAGCUGCUGAUGCCUCACGUCAGGACGUCCCUGCAGAUCAACUUCAAGGCUCGGUCCUCGCUGCUCGCCGCCGGCGGCGUCUUCGACAAGGCGACUGGUUCUGGUCUGGAGUCGUUACCGGUCCUCGUGUCCCGGGCGUCCCAGAGGCUCCGUUACAGGUCUCUGUGUGUCCCUGACGACCUGGCGGACCGCGGCGUGGACCGGCUGCAGCAGAGCUACUACGGCCAGGACGCUCGCCGAGUCUGGGACGCUCUGCACAAGUUCGUGGGCGGCUGGGUGGACCUGUUCUACCGCGGGGACGAGGCGGUGCAGCAGGACUCUGAGCUGCAGCUCUGGAUCCAAGACUUCAACACACACGGCUUCCACCAGGACUCAGGUUUCCCUUCGUCUCUCGAGACCAAAGCAGAAGUGUCGAAGUUCGUCACCAUGAUCAUCUUCUCCUGCUCGGCGCUGCACGCCGCCGUCAACUUCUCUCAGCUGGAUUUCGCUCUCUGGAUCCCGAACUGUCCGGCCGCCAUGCUGCGUCCUCCCCCGCAGGUCAAAGGUUCGCUGACGGACGAUGACAUCACGUCCUUCCUGCCGGACGCCAACUCCAGCUGCCGCGUCCUGAUGGUGCUCGCCCUGCUGUCGAUGCCCGCCAAAGACUUUGUUCCUCUGUGUCACUACAAGGAGGAGCUGUUUGGGGAGGGCGCCCCCCGCAGGCUGCUGGAGGAGGUGCAGAAGGAGCUCCAGGCCAUUUCUGAUGACAUCACGGAUCGUAACAGGAAGCUGGAGGUGUCGUACCCGUACCUGCAGCCGGGACGCAUCGAGAACAGCGUCGCCAUCUAAACGCCGUGUCUCAGGCGUUAACACCUGUUAACACCUGUUAACACCUGUUAACACCUGUUAACAGGUGUUAACAGGUGUUAACAGCUGAGACACGGCGCCUCCUGGUGGUCGACACCAGCACUGCACCCACAACAGCACCUAAACUAGUUUAUCUAGUCACAUAAUAACAACCUGCUGUUAACUCCGGCUGUUAAACUAGUUUAUCUCGUCAAUAAUAACUCAGUUUAACGGUUAAUAAAAUAAGCUGUUAGUGAAUUCACUGAUUCUACAGGAAGUUGUUUCAUGUUCGUUCUUCAUGAAAGUUUGUUUUUUGUUUUUUAACAAUAAAAACUUGAUUUUAUUCUUCGCUGAUUAUUAUCAUUAUUAUUAUUAUC